CUGUCUUCCUAGAGAGAGAAGACUGAAGGACGAGGGAAGAGGCAGGUGUGCACCGAAGCGAUCCCCCACCUUCCGGGUGGACAGUGAACCUCCCCCCGUUGCCGCUCUGGCAGACCUACUCCGACGGAGGUGCUGCUCCUGCUCCGCCUCCUCCUCCGCAGCGGCGAGAGGGGGAGCUGCUCUCUGCAACCUGCCUAGCAUCACUUGGCGGCUCUUCCCCGCCGCGGCUUUCUCCUCCUUCCUUGCAGCCUCUCGCCUGCACUUCCUGCUCUGCCCGCAGUGCCUCCUGCAGCAGAAGCAAGAGUUGAGGUGCCAGCUCCUCUGGCUUUCCUCCUGCCGGCGGCGUCUGAUUUUCCAGCAGCCGUAGCUUCACGCCUCUCCCCCCAGGCAGCUGCUGAAGGAGGGCGGGGAGGUUUUGAAAGGCGCCGGGAGAAGACACCAAGGGAAGCGUCCUCGCCGCCUUUACUCCUUCUGGCGUGGUCGUGGGCUGAACUGCCGAGGGAGAGAGCGGGCCUUGCAGCUGAGGGAGAGAGGCUGCCAGGGGCCAGGAAGAGAUCUGUAUCUUCUUUGAGAUGGUGGGACUGGGAAACGGCCGUCGUGGGAUGAAGUCUCCUCCGCUUCUGGUAGCAGCACUUGUGGCUUGUAUAAUUGUUCUGGGCUUCAAUUACUGGAUUGCAAGUUCCCGCAGUGUUGAUUUACAGAGUCGUAUAAUGGAACUAGAAGGCAGAGUCCGCAGGGCAGCAGCAGAAAGAGGUGCUGUAGAACUAAAGAAGAACGAAUUCCAAGGAGAGCUAAAGAAACAGAGGGAGCAGAUUGAUCAAAUUCAGUUGCUGCAUCACUCCCAGCUGGAAAAUGCUAACAGAAUAUACAGGGGUGAGAAGGAAAUCCUAAUGAACAAUAUCACACAAAAUGAAAGACUGAUCCAGAAUCUCCAAGAACAAUUGAAAGAGUUGCAGAAAGAAUAUGGAAAGCUCCAACUGGAUGUAUAUCGGUUUCAAAAAAACCAAACUAGUCUUCAGAAGAAAUUUACAUAUGACAUGUCUCAGUGUAUUAGUCAAAUGAAGGAACUGAAAGAACAAUGUGAGGAAAGAAUAGAGGAGAUGUUUAAAAAAGGCAAUGAGAUACCACAAGACAAGGAAAAGAAAAACCUUUCUGGCAUGUCUGACAAGAAUGAUCAGGUUAACAUUCAGGUGCCAACAAUUGAAUUAUCAGAGUUCCAGCAGCAUGACUUGACUAAACAAGGAAAUGAACCUCAAAACAAACUCCAAAUUUCUGACAACUCUUUGAAAUUAGAAGCCUUGAAACCAACACCCAUCAUAAAAAAUCCAGCAGAACUAGAUUAUCACAAAGGAACUGAAGAUGUUAUCAAUAAAGAGGAAGAGGAAAUUCCUGUUCAUAAGAGCCAUCCACAAAUAUCCACAGCUAGCACAGAUCAUAAGGAACUGCCUCCAGAACCACGAAUAGAGCAGAAUCCAUUUGAAGAGGUUAGAAAUAUACUUGGAGAAGUUGCAGUAGAAAGGCAGAAUGGAAAAGUAUCAGAACUUGCAGGCCAUCCAGAUGCUAAACGUGCAAAAGCAGAGGAUGAAGAAGUUGAACGAGAACAUCUCCUAAAUGAUGAUCUGCAGCAGGAUGACCAGGAGACCAGCAGGGAUGGUGAAUUUGGAAUCAAAAGAGCAAGCCAGGAAAACAAAGGAGUGGAAUACAAUUUAGAUGUGAAUGAGGCAGAAUCUGAAACAGAUAAACAAGCUGCUCUUGUUGACCAUCAAGACAACUUUAAUGUCAAGAAUCUUGAAGAUCUCAACAUACAAAACCACUUAUUUAAGCUUGGUGAAGAGCAUCAACAGAAGCUGUGAAGUCAAUGUGUUGCUGUUGCAAAAAAUAAACAAAACCAGUCCAUCU